AUGUGUGCCAAGUAUGCCUUUGAGAAGCCAAAUGAUCGUCGAGCUCUGGAUCUCAUGAACACUGCUGCCAAAGCAGUAGUGACUGAAUUGCCAGACAUCACGAUCGCAUAUGGCGUCAGUGAUGAGUACAGUUUUGUCUUUCACAAAGCAUGCACUUUAUUUGAGCGAAGAGCCAGUAAACUUGUCAGCACUGUUGUAUCCACGUUCACAGCCAACUAUGUAUACUUUUGGUCCACUCACUUCCCAGAUACUCCCUUAUCUCCUCCGUUGCCGUCGUUUGACGGAAGAGCAGUAUGCUACCCCAGUGUGCAAAACCUCCGCGAUUACAUGAGCUGGCGGCAAGUUGAUUGUCACAUCAACAAUCUUUACAAUACUAGUUUCUGGUCAUUGAUCCAGGUCAAGGGCCUUGACAACAAGGAGGCUGAAAAGAGGCUUGCUGGAACGUACGCAGCGGACAAGAACGAAAUCCUCUUCUCCGAAUGCUCCAUUAACUACAACAACGAGCCAGAGAUUUACAAGAAGGGCAGCGUCAUCUUUCGCGAUUACGAGCUUGUUGACCCCGACUCUCACAACAUCACACAGACCAUCGACUCCCAGGCCGAGCCGACUCAACAAUCCAAGACACAGAAAGAGAAGGACAAGAAGAGUCGCGCGAAGGCUCGCGUGGUAGUGGAGCACGUGGACAUUAUCAAGGACGAUUUCUGGGAUCGAAGACCAUGGCUUCUUUCAAACAAGCCAGGAAAGAUUCCGAAACAGACGUAA